AUGCACGAUCUGCGGCGACAGGCUCUCGAGAGCAGCAAGACUGUGUCGCGCAAGGCCCGCUCCCGUGUUGCCUCUGGAGCAAACUCCAAAUCCAAUUCGGCGCUGAACUCCCCAGCACAGUCGCGGGCAGCAUCCCGCAAUCCCAGUCGCCACGGGUCCGACGACGAAGACUAUCUCAGCGACGGCACCGCCUGGAGCACAAACUCCAUCGACGAUAUCCUCAACAGCGACGAUGCCGACGUUCCCGCCGACGCCUGGAAGGCCGAGUUGCACAACCGCGUCGAGCAGAUUGUCGAGCGCAAGCGCAGCAGCACAGAGGGCCGCGCCGAAAGCCUAAAUGCCUACGCCCACAUCCUCAAGGCGCGGUUCGCCAAAGACGACAUCGAGGGCCGCAUAGGCGAGCUCCUACCCUCGAUCCUGCGCAGCAUCAAGUCUGAGACAUCUGAGCGCGAGACAGUCACCGCUCUAAGAGCGCUCUCCGUCACCAUGGUCACGCUUGACUCAGAGGACAUCUACGACUCGGUCGCUGAUCUCCUCCGCCGCACAGUAUCCAACUCCGAGUCGAUACAGGUCAAGAUCAGUGCCAUCCAUGCGCUGGGUACGGCAGCCUUCUUCGGCGGGACCUCCGAGGAGGAACUAGAAGACACUAUGGUCUUUUUCCUCGAAAUCGUAGAGUCGGACGGCCUCUCCAUCGACGCGCACGACGAAGGCUCCGUCGUCAUUGCUGCCCUCGAAGAAUGGGGCCUCCUCGCCACCGCCCUCGACGACCUUGAAGAAGUCACCGAAGCCGCAAUGGAAGCCUUCGUCGAGCAGCUCGAAUCCGCUGACGCAGGCGUCCAGACGGCCUCCGGCGAAGCCAUCGCCCUGCUAUACGAGAAGUCGUACACACCCCUCGAAAACGACGAGGAAGCCUCCUCUGACCACGACUCCGACUCUGACGAGCCCCGCGGCACGGAGAAGAUGGUAAAGCGGUACAAUGUGUACCGUCGCCAGGACCAGCUUCUACACACGCUUGACGCGCUCGCCAACGCCUCCUCUCGCCGCAUAUCAAAAAAAGACCGCAAGACGUUGCACUCCAACUUCGCCGACAUCCGCAACAGUGUUGAAAAGCCCACGCGCGGGCCAAAGUACUCUACCGCAAUAGAUCAGGAGACGGGGCGAGUGUAUGGCGGCGGCAGAAUGAAGGUAAAGAUUAACCGUAGCUGUGAGGUCAGGAUUGACAAGUGGUGGAAGCUGCAGCGGUUGAAUGCGUUGAGGAGGGUGCUGCAGGCGGGGUUUACGCAUCACUUUGAUGAGAACGAGGCUGUGUCGAGGUGUUUGCCGUUCUCGAUGAGUGAGCGGUAG